GUCACAAAGACCACUCCCUCACUCUCCCGUCCAGUCACAUGAUAUAAUACGCUGCACUGCGCAUGUCGGCGUCCCAGGGCGAACACCCAGCAGCAGCACAGGAACUACGAGUCCCGGCAUGUAGUGCGGCUGCGCAUGCGCUUUGUGUAUACCUACGAGCUACUACCCGGUUACCGGCAGCGCUGCGUGACGCUGCUUCUGCAGUAGAAGCAAGGAAUAAUGCUGCCAACAUGUCUGUGCAAACAAUGCUUUGUGAUCGGAUAGUGAUUGCUAAAGAAUUAAUAAAGAGAGCUGAAGCCCUCUCCAAAUCUCGUGUGGGAGGUGUUGAAGGUGGCGCAAAACUAUGCAGCAAACUGAGGGCGGAGUUGAAAUUUUUGCUAAAGGUAGAGGCUGGAAAAGUAGCAAUUAAGGAAUCUCAUUUGAGAAGCACAAACCUCACACAUCUACAAGCCAUUAUUGAGUCGGCAGAGAGUCUAGAAGAAGUGGUAAGCGUUCUCCAUGUUUUCAGCUACAAUGACCAGUUUGAUGAAAAGCAAACGCUGGUGGUGGAUGUGGUAGCAAACGGCGGCCACACAUGGGUGAAAGCAAUUGGACGGAAGGCUGAAGCUCUGCACAAUAUAUGGCUUGGCCGUGGUCAGUACGGGGACAAAAGUAUUAUUGAGCAAGCAGAGGAUUACAUACAAGCAAGCCUUCAGCAACCUGUACAGUAUAGUAGUCCUCAUAUCAUAUUUGCCUUUUACAAUAGUGUUUCCAGUCCUAUGGCUGAGAAGCUGAAAGACAUGGGUAUUUCUGUACGUGGAGAUAUCGUUGCUGUUAACUCCUCUGAGGAGACUGUACAAGAAGAUAAUGAUCCAAGCGGCAGUGAAUCAGAUGAUAAUGAUGAUUUAGAACUUCUACAUGUCGGCAAAGUGGACAGGGAAAAUAUAGUGGCCAGUGUUGCUUUUCCUAGGGAGAUUAAGGUUGAAGUUUGCAACAGGGUGAACUUGGACAUCACCACAUUAAUUACUUAUGUAUCUGCUCUCAGUCAUGGGGGCUGCCACUUGAUCUUCAAAGAGAAGGUUUUGACAGAGCAAGCAGCACAGGAAAGGCAGGAGAAGGUGUUACCUCUGCUGAAUUUCUUCAUGGAAGGGAAGGAACUGUUUGCCUGUGAAUGUGCCGUCAGGGACUUCCAGUCUAUAUUGGAGACCUUGGGAGGACCACAAGAGAGGGAGCGAGCUGCAGCACUUAUAAAGAGAAUUACUGUCGUACCCGACCAACCUUCCGAGCGUGCCUUAAAACUUGCUGUGAGCUCCAAAAUUAAUAGUCGUUCAAUUUCCAUAUUUGGGACUGGAGAUAGUUUGAGAGCCAUCACAAUGACUGCUAAUAGUGGCUUUGUAAGAGCAGCAAAUAAUCAGGGUGUUAAGUUUAGUGUUUUCAUUCACCAACCUCGAGCACUAACAGAAAGCAAAGAGCCUUCUGCUUCUCCUAUACCAAAGAAUCACACGUCUGCUGACCUACUCUGACCUCAGGGGUUGUCUAUGCACUAUAUCCCUGGGCUGUUUGUGCAAUCACACAGAGAGGACAUUCCAAAUGGCCUGUAUGAUUCUGACCUAAAUACAUCCUGUCCAGAUAUAUAAUAAACAGUUGAAGUUA